CCAGGUGGCAAACCUGCUCCGGCUCUUCCAGAUCCCUCAGAUCAGUUACGCGUCCACCAGCGCCAAACUCAGCGACAAGUCGCGCUAUGAUUACUUUGCCAGGACCGUGCCCCCCGACUUCUACCAGGCCAAGGCCAUGGCCGAGAUCUUGCGCUUCUUCAACUGGACCUACGUGUCCACCGUGGCCUCGGAGGGUGACUACGGGGAGACCGGGAUCGAGGCCUUCGAGCAGGAGGCGCGCCUGCGCAACAUCUGCAUCGCCACGGCCGAGAAGGUGGGGCGCUCCAACAUCCGCAAGUCCUACGACAGCGUGAUCCGCGAGCUGCUGCAGAAGCCCAACGCGCGCGUGGUGGUCCUCUUCAUGCGCAGCGACGACUCGCGCGAGCUCAUCGCCGCCGCCAGCCGCGCCAACGCCUCCUUCACCUGGGUGGCCAGCGACGGCUGGGGCGCACAGGAGAGCAUCGUCAAGGGCAGCGAGCACGUGGCCUACGGCGCCAUCACCCUGGAGCUGGCCUCGCAGCCCGUGCGCCAGUUCGACCGCUACUUCCAGAGUCUCAAUCCCUACAACAACCACCGCAACCCCUGGUUCCGGGACUUCUGGGAGCAGAAAUUCCAGUGCAGCCUCCAGAACAAGCGGAACCACAGGCGCGUUUGCGACAAGCACCUGGCCAUUGACAGCACCAACUAUGAGCAGGAAUCCAAGAUCAUGUUUGUGGUGAAUGCGGUGUAUGCCAUGGCCCACGCCCUGCACAAAAUGCAGCGCACCCUCUGCCCCAACACCACCAAGCUUUGUGAUGCCAUGAAGAUCUUGGAUGGGAAGAAGCUGUACAAGGAUUACCUGCUGAAAAUCAACUUCACGGCGCCAUUCAACCCAAAUAAAGGUGCAGAUAGCAUCGUCAAGUUUGACACUUUUGGAGAUGGAAUGGGGCGAUACAACGUGUUCAAUUUCCAGUAUGUGGGUGGAAAGUAUUCCUACUUGAAGGUUGGUCACUGGGCAGAAAUCUUAUCACUAGAUGUCGACUCUAUCCACUGGUCCCGAAACUCAGUCCCCACUUCCCAGUGCAGCGACCCCUGUGCCCCCAACGAAAUGAAGAACAUGCAACCGGGGGAUGUCUGCUGCUGGAUUUGCAUCCCCUGCGAGCCCUACGAAUACCUGGUUGAUGAGUUUACCUGUAUGGACUGUGGGCCUGGGCAGUGGCCCACUGCAGACCUAACUGGAUGCUAUGAUCUUCCUGAGGACUACAUCAGAUGGGAAGAUGCCUGGGCCAUUGGCCCUGUCACUAUUGCCUGUCUGGGUUUUAUGUGUACAUGCGUGGUUGUAACUGUUUUUAUCAAGCACAACAACACACCCCUGGUCAAAGCAUCGGGCCGGGAACUCUGCUACAUCUUGUUGUUUGGGGUUGGAAUGUCAUAUUGCAUGACGUUCUUCUUCAUUGCCAAGCCGUCACCAGUCAUCUGUGCACUGCGCCGACUCGGGCUGGGGACCUCCUUUGCUAUCUGUUACUCAGCCCUGCUGACCAAGACCAACUGCAUCGCCCGCAUCUUCAAUGGAGUCAAGAAUGGCGCCCAGAGGCCAAAAUUCAUCAGCCCCAGUUCUCAGGUUUUCAUCUGCCUGGGUCUGAUACUGGUGCAAAUUGUGGUGGUGUCUGUGUGGCUCAUCCUGGAGACUCCAGGCACCAGGAGGCAUACACUUGCAGAAAAGCGGGAAACAGUCAUCUUAAAAUGCAAUGUCAGAGAUUCCAGCAUGUUGAUCUCUCUUACCUAUGAUGUGAUCCUGGUUAUCUUAUGCACUGUGUAUGCCUUCAAAACGCGGAAGUGCCCAGAAAAUUUCAACGAAGCCAAGUUCAUAGGCUUUACCAUGUACACCACGUGCAUCAUCUGGUUAGCCUUUCUCCCUAUAUUCUAUGUAACAUCGAGUGACUACAGAGUGCAGACGACAACCAUGUGCAUCUCUGUCAGCCUGAGUGGCUUCGUGGUCCUGGGCUGUCUGUUUGCACCCAAAGUGCACAUCAUCCUGUUCCAACCCCAGAAGAAUGUGGUCACACACCGGCUGCAUCUCAACAGGUUCAGUGUCAGUGGAACUGGGACCACAUAUUCUCAGUCCUCUGCAAGCACGUAUGUCCCAACGGUGUGCAACGGGCGGGAAGUCCUCGACUCCACCACCUCAUCUCUGUGAUUGUGAAUUGCAGUUCAGUUCUCGUGUCUUUAGACUGUUAGACAAAAGUGCUCACGUGCAGCUCCAGAAUACGGAAACAGAGCAAAAGAACAACCCUAGUACCUUUUUUUAGAAACAGUACAAUAAAUUAUUUUUGAGGACUGUACACUGUAUAGUGAUGUGCUAGAACUUUCUAGGCUGAGUCUAGUGCCCCUAUUAUUAACAGUACCCCAGAACAUGGAAAUAACCAUUGUUUACAGAGCUGAACAUUGCUGACAGGUUCUGACAGGGUCAGUCUACUAAAAAA